AUGGCAAUCAUAUAUCUCAAUGCUUGUGGGCUAACUAUUAAUGAUGAUGUGAGAAGAACUAGUAUAUGUUCUAGACAUUUUAAAGCUGAAGAUAUUUGUCAAUCUAAUAUUUUUGGAAUUGUUAAAUCUUCGAUAAAACGUAAUGCAGUUCCUUCAAUUUAUGUUAAAAAUCCAAUCAAUAUUAAUACAAGUAAUAAACCUCAGUCAAACACUCCAUUAUCAGAUCUAUUUAAUGGGAAUGGAGUUUUCCAUCCAUUAUCAUAUAUUUUGGAAAAAAGUUCAGAAAAGUCCUUAAGUCAAUGUCAAAAACGUAAAUUUUUCGAGCCCAGUUAUGUUAGUGAAAUUUCAUCAACAGAUUUUUCGACACCCAAAAAGGCUAAAAUAACCAUUGAUUUAAUUAAAAAAACUGAUAAAAGAAAAACAGAAAAAAUAAAACGUCUACAGAGACAAACUAGAAAUCUCCAAAAAAAAGUUGUAUCUUUGAAAGAAUUAAUAAACCAUCUUAAAGACAAGCGUACGUUAAAAGAUGAAAGUGGUGAUGCUCUAAAGCUUCCCUGCUGUAUAAAAGCUUGUAAUAAUCAAGCUAAAAUACAACAUCGAUUUCCGAAUCCGGAAAAACAUCGCAAGAGAUUCGACGAAUGGUUAAGAAUCAUCGGAGACAGGUCCCUUCAAGAAAUGAACCCUUAUAAAGUUUACGAGGGAAAAAGAAUAUGUCAUAACCAUUUUGAGAAAGAUUAUUUUUCAAGUACGUCUUCCAGACUCCACAGAAAUGCCUUUCCAUCGCUUCUUCUCAACAGACAAGAUACUUCGGCUUCAGUAGAUAUAUUGGAUGAGCAUAGUUAUGCAAAUAUUCAUGAAAUUACAAGAUUUCUGAAUAUUCCAAAAUGUAUUUAUGAAGAUCAUGACUAUGCAGGCGCUUAUGAAAAUAGAUGAUAUCCAACAAAUAAUCGCCAUCGUGCAUUCAAUAAUCAUAUUUCUAAAGAUAAAAGGCUUCGUCAGGAAUAUUGUUGCUUCAAGAAACACCAGAACUGUUAAAAAUGGCCUUCUAUUUACCCAGAACCUUUCUGUGAUGAAGGAAAAUACUCUUAUAAUAAAGAGAUUUGGAAAAGGGGGGAAACUAAAAGGGGAGCACUCUUCUGGUGCCUUUCUGGACUGGAUUACCCCAAGAAGUACCUUCGAAACGAUCUAAUCCAGAUCUUCUUGUUAGCGUCUUCUUUUAAUGUUGCAGUGCAAUGUAACUUUAAUUAUUUAUCCAUUUAAUAUAAAAUAAAAUUU